AUGGUGUUGAAAUCUGGGGCUUCGUCAUUUAUGUCCUUAUCGUUGCUUCUUGUAUUGUUCGCAGCAAUGCGUCUAUUUGCUGAGACACUAUGUUCUUCAAAAAUAUUAACAAUAUUCGGAGGUUUUCUAGGCAGUUUGACUUUCGUCCUACUAAUAACAUGUGUAAAUAAUUUUGAAAGAACAUUUUUCGGUGAGGAAUUUUCCUCCGGAGUUUUUCCUGAAGUGGUCACCUGCAUUAUUAUUGCAUGUUCCUUCUGUGCUACUGUUCAUCGUGUCUGCGCUACUACUUGCUUUAUAUUCUCUCUGGUGAUGUUGUAUUACCUGAAUCGUAUAUCACAUGAAACAUACCAAAGCAAAGAACAACUGAACGCAUCUUUGCAUAGGAAGAAGAAAGACUAG